GGUUCAGAGUGCAGAGCUGUAGCUACAGAAAAGGGAAAUGGGUGACAAGGACAAGCUUAUUUCUGACGAACCCGUCGAGGCUGGUUUGCUGUCGCCGAAGAAUGCCAGGAAACAGGAGCAGACCUCCAGAGGUCCCUGGUACAUGGCCAGUGGCUUCCUUCUGUUUUGGCUGCUCCUCUUCUUUGCCGUAGUGGUGCCACUCUUCUACCGCCUGCCCGCGGCCAUGACCAUCGAGGAUGCCUCCAAGGGUGUGUUUAUUGCCGAGCGUGCACAGGGUAACCUGUACGAAUUUGACAAAAUCGGACCCAAAGUGGUGGGCAGCGAUGGAAAUGAGAACAAGACCGUACAGUUCCUGCUCAAGGAAUUAGCGCUGAUUGAGGCAAAUGUCCUGGACGAGUACUUUGACAUUGAAAUUGACCUCCAGAUUGUCUCCGGCUCCUACAUUCAUUGGACUAUGGUCAACAUGUACCAGGCGGUGCAAAAUAUCGUCGUUAAGCUGAGCCCCAAGAACUCGACCAGCGACACCUACCUACUGGUCAACUCCCACUUCGACUCAAAGCCCACUAGCCCUUCGGCCGGCGAUGCCGGUCAAAUGGUUGUCACAAUCCUGGAGGUGCUCCGCGUGAUGUCCUCUACCAAGCAAACCUUCGAGCAUCCAAUUGUCUUUCUGCUCAACGGUGCCGAGGAGAAUCCCCUACAAGCCUCCCACGGCUUCAUCACCCAACACAAAUGGGCCUCCAAGUGCACGGUACUCAUCAAUUUGGAUGCAGCUGGCAGCGGAGGUCGCGAGAUUCUCUUCCAGACUGGACCCAAUCAUCCCUGGCUUGUAAACUACUACAAGACGAAUGCCAAGCAUCCAUUCGCGACCACCAUGGCUGAGGAAAUUUUCCAAACGGGUAUCCUGCCCUCAGACACGGACUUCACCAUAUUUACAAAAUAUAGUAAACUCGUCGGUCUGGAUAUAGCCCAGUGCAUCAACGGCUACACGUAUCACACCAAGUACGAUCGCUUCGAUGUCAUUCCACGCACUUCUAUUCAGAACACGGGUGAGAACGUUCUCAGCUUGGUCCGCGGCCUCUCUAAUGCCACAGAGUUGCAUGAUCCGGAGGCAUACGCCUCGGGACACGCCGUCUUCUUCGACGUCCUGGGACUGUACUUCAUCAGCUACUCGCAGAGCACUGGUGUGAUCCUCAACUAUGCCGUGGCUGGAGCUACCAUUGUCCUGAUCUUUGUGUCAGUGUGGCGCACAGCGAGUGUCUCCAAUGUCUCCACAGGCCACAUUGUUGGCUUGUUCAUCCUGAUUUUGGUGGUACAGAUCAUUGGCUUUGUGCUCGGCCUGGGAAUGCCCGUUGUGGUCGCCUAUUUGUUCGACAUGUACGGCCUCUCUCUCACCUACUUCGCCACUCCGGCGUUGAUGAUCGGCAUAUAUGUGUUCCCCAGUCUCCUCGGACUUAGUUUGCCCUCGUUCAUCUACUUGAAGCUGCAACGGAGUGAGAAGAUUUCCUUUGCCCAUCAAUUGCAAAUGGUGCUGCAUGGACACGCGAUUGUCCUGGCCACUCUCGGCAUUGGAAUAACUUACUACGGCCUGCGAUCCGCCUACGUGAUAACAUGGACGCUCAUCUUUUACGUGGUUCCCCUGACCAUCAACCUGCUGACGACUCUGCACGAUCGCGGCUUCUCCUGGACGGGCGUCGUGAAGAUUGUCCAGAUCGUUCCCUUCCUGUACAACAGCUAUCUGUUUUACACCUUCCUGGUUAUCCUCAGUGCAAUGAUGGGCCGAUUCGGCAGGUCGACAAACCCCGAUCUGAUUAUCUCUGCUCUGAAUGCCUUGGGAACUAUUCUUGCUAUGGGCUUUUUGAUUCCCCUUAUCAACGUCUUUCGCCGACCAAGUAUGAUCCUCUUCGCCCUGCUGGCCGUAAGUGCCCUGAGCAUCUACACAGCCAGCUCCACCCAACUCGGAUUCCCCUAUCGCCCCAAGACCAAUGUAGAGAGAGUGCCAUACCUGCAAGUGCGACGAACCUUCUACGAGUACGAUGGGUCCGUCAGCAAGGAAGACUCCGGCUACCUGUUCAACUUCCAGGAUCGCCGGGGACCUGCACCCCUGAAGGGUACCAAGGCGAACCUAACUGGCUUGGUUGGCAUCGAGGCGGAUUGCGCCAAGUACAUGAUGUGUGGCUAUCCCCUCUACGAUCACCGUUGGGUGAAGAACCGUCUAAAGGGAAUGUGGCUGCCGCGCGAAACACCCGUCGAAACCCCAUCGGUGCCCACUUUCGAGCUUCUGAACAAGACCGUGCUGGAGGACGGAAAGACGGUGCGGUUCGAGUUCAGGGCGGAGGUUACCGAUCACACCAGUGUGUUCAUCCAGCCCUACGAAGACGUGGCCGUAACCAACUGGUCCUUCCCGAUCGAUUACAUUGGACAGCAGACGACUUAUCACAUCUACUUCGCGCAUGGCAAGGAUAAUACGGCACUUUCAUUCUUCAUUGAACUUUAUAAACCCGAUGGCGACUUCGACGUGCCCGUUUGCCAGGUGGGAGUGUCUCAUCAUUUCAUUGGCGACGAAGGCGAUGAGCUCAGCCAGAAGUUUGCGAAAUCCUUCCCGUCUUAUGCGGCGCUGGUCCAAUGGCCCACCUCCUACCGGCAAUUCACUUACUGAGUGUUUUCCUUCUGCCUGUAUUAUUGUAAGACCCCUCUACAGUGGAGCGCAGACAGUCCAUGAAAGCAAUCGUCCAGCCCGAACUUCAGCUUUAGAUCCGACAACGCACCUUGCCUUGUCGUAGUCCACUUGAAACACCAAUUAUUCUUGUCACAAAAUAAAAAUAUGAUGAACACACGCCCGUGCAAUCAAGCUCUAAA